AUGGUCCGCAUUAGGCCAGAGCGGCGUCUACAUGGACCCGCUUCCAAAUUGCAAGCUCGUAGUGCUGGUCCGUUUAAAAUUUUAAAGCAGGUUGGUCCAAAUGCAUAUGUUUUUGACAUUCCACCACACCUUGGUUGCCACUCUACUUUCAAUGUUGAGGACCCAGUCGCUUAUAAUGGCCAUUUCAUUUCCUCAGAUGAUCCUCUGUUAUCUCCUUUUGUGGACCUUAAACCUGAUUAUUUGGCCACCUCUACCUCACUACCACCUCUCACAGCAUACAAAGAUAAAAUCGAUGCUAUUUUAGAUGAAGAAACUGUAUUAACUAAUGAUGGAGAGGUUCAACGCUUCCUCGUUCGUUGGGUUGGUCGACCAGAUUUCGAUUGUACAUGGAUCUCUAGAGAGACACUACAACAAUUAGAUCCAGAUUUAUUGGAGUUUUAUCGGAGUCAGUAG